GUCCCCCCUCGUCUCUCCGCCUCUCACUCCCUCUCUCUCCCCACACACACUGGGUUGGCUGUUUCCAUCUCGCUGUGCGUGUUGUGUGUGGCUCGGAGCAGCAGGGGAGGGAGGCGGCGUUGGUGGUGGUGGCUGUGUGCGUUUGUAACCGGUUCAUCGGACACGACUCCACACAGAAGUUCGAGUUGAUCGGGAAGAGUUGGUGCCCAUCACCCGCAUCUGCUUCACCUCUGGGUCCCUCCCUCCACAUUCCGCUUCUUCUCUGAGCCUGUGGCCAACCAUCUCGGCAGCGACACCGGCAGCAGCAGGAGGAGGAGGAGCAGAAGAGAGGACCCGGUCCUCUCGCGCCGUCUGCCGGGGUCAGGAGGUCAUCUGCCAUGGCCACGCGGGGCGCCCUCUCGGGCCAGCAGCAGGCCCUCCUGCUGCUGUCCCGGAGGGGACCGUGACUCCGCCGGGCCCGACAUGCCCCGUCAGACCGACGGCGCCGACGCCACCCUCGACGCACCGCAGCGUCCACCGCGGGACGCCUUCGGCGGCGCAAGCGACAGCACCGGCGGCGCCGGUCCACCGCCACCGUCGAGCCCCGGACUCUCGCUGAGCAUGGCCCACCUGGUGAUGAGCGAGGAGGAGCUGGAGGAGCUCGGAGGGACCGAGGAGACCGACUCGCACCGGCGGACGGUCGAAGGAAGGAUUCCCUUCAUCGCCGUCUUCCACCUGAGUCAGGUGAAGAGCGCCCAGGGCUACGUGUUCCUGGACUCGACGCCCAUCCGCGUCCGCGUCACCGAGGUGGAGAAGACGGGGAACUCCAAGAAGAUGGAACGUGCCAACAUGUACACGGUGCGGUUCACUCACGGCGACUUCUCCUGGGACAUCAAGCGCAAGUACAAGGACUUCCAGCAGCUCCACCACGACCUGCAGCGCUACCGCGCACUCCACCGCAUCCUGGAGCCCGCCCGCAGCCACCUCGAGCGCCGCCGCACGGUGAAACCGAAGCGGGAGGGCGCCGACUCCAAGAUCCCCGAGCUGCCGUGCCGCCUGGAGGGCACGCGGCGAGAGGAUCCGUUCGCCAGGAGGGAGGACUACGUGUCCAGCCGUAAGAAACAAAUCGAGAACUACCUGAGCGGCCUGCUGCAGUACCCCGUCUACAGGAACCACGCGGCCACGCUGGAGUUCUUGGAGGUCAGCGGUCUGUCCUUCAUCGCGGACCUGGGGCCCAAGGGCAUCGAGGGCUACAUUGAGAAGCGAUCGGGUGGCUACAAGAUGCCCGGCUUACACUGCUGCGGGAAGCGCGAGGUCUGCUUCCGGUGGUCGAAACGGUGGCUGGCGGUGAAGGACUCCUUCGUGCUCUACAUGAAGCUGGACGAGGGGAAGAUCUCAUCGGUGAUGCUCUUCGACUCGGAUUUCGUGGUCAAGAUCGGCCAACAGCACACGGAGGUGCGCAGUGGUGUCGUCAUCCAGAACCUGACCAGGACUCUGACGAUCAAGUGCCCUUCGUUCCGACACGCCAUGUGGUGGGGGAAGUCCCUGCAGCAGUUUGCGGAGACGCACGGCAAGGACUACAUGCAGCCCAACCGAUUCGAAGCGUUCGCUCCGGUCAGGGAGAAAACGCUCGCUAGAUGGUUCGUGAACUCUUCUGGGUAUUUCACGGAGAUGGCUUACGCCCUGGAGGAGGCCAAGGAGGAGAUCUUCAUCACUGACUGGUGGCUAAGUCCCGAGAUAUUCCUGAAGAGGCCGCCAGUGGAGGGAAACUACUGGAGGCUCGACUCCGUGCUGAAGAGGAAAGCCGAGGCCGGCGUCAGGGUCUUUGUGCUGCUCUACAAGGAGGUGGGCUUGGCUCUUGGACUUAACAGCGACUACAGCAAACAGACGCUCAUGGGACUCCACCCCAACAUUAAGGUGCUGCGCCACCCCGACCACGUGUCCUCCACGGUGCUGUUCUGGGCCCACCACGAGAAGCUGGUCAUCAUCGACCAGACCGUGGCCUUCCUGGGCGGCAUCGACCUGGCGUACGGCCGCUGGGACGACUACCAGCACCGGCUCACCGACAUCGGCAGCGUGCAGCGCACCAAUGUGCCCGCGACGGACAGCCCCUCACGCCAGCCGAAGGCCGAGGAGGCCAACGGGAAGAGCAACCCGGGCCUGACGGUGGAGCAGCAGCAGCAGCCGGAGGAGGAGGAGGAGGAGGCUUCUCCGGACGUCGUCGACUCCGCGGCCGCCCCGCAGGAGGCCGACGCCUCCGGCCUACGCGAGUCCUCCACCGACGCGGAGAGGCCGGUGGGCUCGGCGGAGGCGGCCGCAGAGGCGGCCACGAGGCCCGGCAUGGCCGGCUGGAAGCGGGCGAUGCAGGCGAUGAAAACGGCGUCGGCGGAGAGCGGGAGGGAGGAGCAGAGGUACCGGGCAACGCGGCGGCGCACGGACAGCAUGGACGAGGAGGACGCGGAGGCAGCGCGGCAGAACAGCAACGACGUCAUGGACGGCAUCGUGCACCGCUGGAGGAGCAUGCUGAAGCAGCGGUGGCUCGACAAGCCCAAGUACCCUCUGCGCACGCACAAGAUGCACAUCCGUGAGGACUACGGCUCGACGAGGAGGACGAGCGUGGAGCUGUUUGGCGAAGCGCGCUUCUGGCACGGCAAGGACUACUGCAACUUCGUGCUCAAGGACUGGGUGCAGCUGGAGAAGCCCUUCGAUGACUUCAUCGACCGCUACACGACGCCACGCAUGCCGUGGCACGACAUCGGCGCCGUGGUGCACGGCCACGCGGCCCGGGACGUUGCGAGACACUUCAUCCAGCGGUGGAACUUCGCCAUGACGGUCAAGAAGAAAAAGUCCAUCGAGCACUUCCCCAUGCUGCUGCCCAAGUCGCUCUCCAUGGCCGACCGCAUUCCCUACGUCGUCACGGGCUGCGUCCCUGCCAACGUGCAGGUGCUGAGGUCGGCCUCCGAUUGGUCGGUGGGAAUCAAGAAGCACGAGGAGUCCAUUCACAAGGCGUACGUGGAGGCCAUCCGCACGAGCCGCCACUACAUCUACAUCGAGAACCAGUUCUUCAUCAGCUGCACGGACAACCGCAUCGUGUGGAACGGCAUCGGAGACGCCAUCGUCAACAAAAUCCUGGAGGCUCACAGGGAUGGCCGGCGCUUCCGCGUCUACGUGGUGGUGCCGCUGCUGCCCGGGUUCGAGGGCGACAUCUCGACGGGCGGGGGCAGCGCCAUCCAGGCCGUGCUGCACUUCAACUACAGGACGCUGUGCAGAGGAAAGUACUCCAUCAUCGAGCGGCUGAAGGUGGACAUGGGCAACUCGUGGAUGAACUACAUCUCGGUGUGCGGCCUGCGCACGCACGCCGAGCUGGCCGGGACGCUCGUCACGGAGCUCAUCUACGUGCACAGCAAGCUCAUGAUCGUCGACGACCGCACCGUCAUCAUCGGGUCGGCAAACAUCAACGAUCGCAGCAUGCUGGGCAAGCGCGACAGCGAGAUGGCGGUGAUGGUGGAGGACACGGAAUUCCAGGAGUCGGUCAUGGACGGGCAGCCCUACCAAGCCGGCCGCUUCGCCUACAACCUGCGCAACUGCUGCUUCCGGUUGGUGCUGGGCCUCUUGGACAGUCCCCACGUGGACAUCUCGGACCCCAUCACCGACCACUUCUACAAGGAGGUUUGGAUGAGCACCGCCGCCAUCAACGCCACCGUCUACGAGAAGGUGUUCAUGUGCCUGCCGUCGGACUUCGUGCUGAGCCUGAAGGACCUGGAGAACUGGGGUGAGAACCCUCUCAUGCAGACCAACCCGGCGCAGGCAAAGGAGGAGCUGCAGAAGGUGCAGGGCUUCCUCGUCACCAUGCCGCUCGGCUUCCUACAGGAGGAGAACCUUCUCCCGGCCUUCAACACGAAGGAGGGAAUGAUGCCCACUGACCUCUGGACAUGAGCGGGACGUUUUCCCUCCCUCCUAUCAACAGACAAAAAAAACGAGGGCAGAAAUUCUGAGACUUUUACAUUUUUAUUCCUUCCGUUUCCCAACGCUUCCAGCGUCUCGGCUGCUACCACCGUCUUCCACGCGGGCGUGCGGCGGCGGCGGCGGCGACCGCCCACACGCCAGUCGGCGCUCCGGACGUUCCAUCGGGAGCGACGCGGCCGAUAGGCGAGCGGCGUCCUUGCCUUUUUAUAAGCUUCUAACUGUAAACGGACGCGUCCGGAGAACCAACAGAAAAUCUUCCAGGGCUGUCGGUGGCGAGGUCUACGCGCAGUUGGUGGUCCCCCACAGUUUGGCGAGGCUCUCCGGAGAAGUUUGGUCGCCGCCACCGCCAACUCAUUUCGGAGGCCGUUGGAAGUCACCGCCAUCUGUCUCUCUCCACCUCCCGGACUCGCGAUCGUCCGUGCCGCUGUACUGUACUCAUGCUGUCCUGCAGGGUGGUGGGGGGGGGGUGAGUUUCUUCUUUGAAGAAAAAUAAGAAAUGGGUAGGGAACGGAUGAUGAAAGAGAACCGCGAGAAAAUAAUAACGGGCAACGAUGUGAGCCAACGACCGUAGCGGUGCAGCCUUGGUGGCUGGGGCCCGUCUCUCGGCAUCGCUCGAGGCUCGGACACUCGAGACUCCAGCAACCGCGCACGGGCACGCUCACCACGCUCCCCUCUCCACCCACCAUGAAGGGCGCCCAACGUCACCGGUCAACUCGCGCCUCCCGCCGAAACGUCCGCGGGCGGCUUUAGCGUACGACUGCGCCUGCCUGGCGGCGGUCACGAUGAGCCCCGCACGAUGUCGCUCGUGUGCCGAGUUUGACCGCGUGCCGAGCCCUAUCGCGCCGAGUCCGGGAGCACCGAGUCCGACCGCGCGCGUUCCUCCAAACCGCGCGACGGGCGACCGUGGAUUUUACCGGUGGCAUUUUUCCAAAUUUGGGAGACGAAAAAAAGUUGGGACCGUCGUGGUUCAUUUCGCCCGCAGUGACGAACUGGGGAUGCGCCUGUCGCUCCUUUUAAUUUUUUUAUCCGUUUUCCUUUACGUUCCGUAACACGUGCUGACAUGCAACCGUAACGUGCACCUUAUCGUUGUUCGCCGCAAGCGCGCCGCCGUAGGAUGCAAUACUAGGAAAGUGCCUCUGGGGAACAGACCCCUCCCCCUCUCUCGUCACCUGCGCGCGACGGGAAGGGCGGCUGGCCUCUCGCGAAAACGAAAAACGCAAAAACGCCGCGCGUCCCGGGGUUGAACCGCGGCGCUCGUGCCGCCGAUUGAAGGGCUCGUCUGAGCUCGCACACCGAGCCCACGUUUAAUAAUCGUUCAUAUGUUUUUUGUUACAACGAUUUAGUCGGUGGGUUUAUCGGCGAUGGUCAAAACGUUGCAAGGCAAGGGCCCCCCCCCCCACCCCCCCUCUUUCUCACCCGCCACUCCGUUGAGUUAUUGGACUGGUGGCAUUUUUCCAAAUUUGGGCAAAAAAAAGUUUGGACCGUCGCGGUUUCUUUAGCCCGCAGCAGUGAACCGGGAUGGGCCUGUUGGAUCCUGUUGGAUCCUGUUGGUUCCUGUUGGUUCCUGUUGGAUCCUGUUGGUUCCUGUUGGAUCCUGUUGGAUCCUGUUGGUUCCUGU